AUGGCACUCAAGUUGCGUGAUAGCUGUGACGCCUGUGCCUCAUCAAAGGUGAAAUGUCACAAACAGAAGCCAACAUGCUCACGUUGCCAGAGGCGUGGUACUCCUUGCCAUUAUCAGGUCAACAAACGCGCUGGCCGUCGCCCAGACUCGGCUGCCUUUCCUCCCCUUGCUACAUCGAUGCUACAAUGGGAACCAUUCGACUUCGAUUCAUCAUUUAGCACGACUACUACAAUUCCAUCCACUCACUCGACCGACAACGACACCUAUAUGCACCAAUUGCUCACCCCAACACCUUUCUUUUCUGGAGACAAUUCUAGUCAAUCUGCCUACGACUGGACUUCUACCACACCCAGCAACGAUAUCUUCAUGGCCCAAUCCAUGCAUGCCGCGACUAUGUCUUGUACAUCGUCAAGUUCUCCUGGAUUCGGGUCUGACGCUGCAUCACCCGUAAAUCUGGCCAGGGACCUGGAUGACAACCUGCCAUCUUCCGUGAGCCUCUGGGCCCCCACAGUCCAUGAAACAUCUACCGUUGACACGCCUCCCUUACUCGAAUCAUGUACCGAGUCACAAUCCUCAGCUUCAAAUGCCACCAUCCCAGCGCUCGACACAUGCCUUACGCAAGCUACAAAAAUCAUGCAACAACAGUUCCACCAACCUACUUUCGGCUCCCCAAAUAUCUCCUGUAAGCUCCUCAAACAAGACGGAGUGAUCAAUGCGACCGGACCAGCCCUAGACCUAGUCAUUGAAGCAAACAAGCGGUACAUUAACCAAGUUGGUACAAUGCUGCAGUGUCAGUGUUCAGCUGACGGCUACCUUCUCACAAUAAUCUCACUCAUCAUCUUCAAGAUUCUCGACUCUUACGGCGCAGCCGCAAGCGAAUCCGAAGUUCGAAAAUCAAAGGCCAAUGCCGCGGAAGAAGAUGCACAGCGUGUAGCUGCACAGCGGGUCAUGGGUGAGCUCCACCGCGUACAGCGCCUGGUGAAACAGCUAGCAACCCACACUAAGCGCUACAUAUCUACAGAAUCUCCAGAAAUGACGCCAGGAGUGUUCACAUUGUGCGGGCAGCAAGAAGAAGGCGAAGCAUCUUUCCCCUUCUCUACAGUCAAGCUGUAUCAAUUGGAGACGGUCAUGAAAAAACGGCUUCGAAGCCUUUCUCUGAAAUUAGCAGUUCACCUUAGAAAGGUUUGA